CUGUCAUCAACAAAAUACAUUUUUGAAUGUGAUGGUUGUAGUAAAAAAUUUUCAACAAAAGACAUUCUCGUCAAACACAUUUCAUACAGUCAUAAGACGCAAAAGAACCAAAAGAACACCACUGCAGUUCGGACACAAGUUGAACAAACUCCAGUACCACAACUAACGGAAAUAUUUAAUUGUGAUAUUUGCGAAUUUAAAACAUCUCAAAAACGUUGCAUUUUGGCACAUCUUAACGCGCACGUCGCUGAACAAGUGUACUGUUGUAAUAAUUGUGAUUAUAAAAGUAUAAAAAAAGAUAAUUUGCAAAAGCAUAUGAAAAUACAUACUGGAGAAAAACCUUCUUCAUGUAAUAUCUGUGAAUAUAAAUGUAUUACAAAAAGUGAUUUGCAAAGGCAUAUGAAAAUACAUACUGGAGAAAAACCUUUUUCAUGUAAUAUCUGUGAAUAUAAAUGUAUAGAAAAAAGUUAUUUGCAAAAGCAUAUGAAAAUACAUACUGGAGAAAAACCUUUAUCAUGUAAUAUCUGUGAAUAUAAAUGUAUAGAAAAAAGUAAUUUGCAAAGGCAUAUGAAAAUACAUACUGGAGAAAAACCUUUUUCGUGUCAUAUCUGUGAAUAUAAAUGUAUAGAAAAAAGUAGUUUGCAAUCACAUAUGAAAAUACAUACUAGAGAAAAACCUUUUUCAUGUAAUAUCUGUAAAUAUCAAUGUACUUAA